AUGUCUCUCUUUCAAAUUCAAGCCGCAGCUGACGCUUGGUUGGCUCAAAACAUUACAGCUGCAUAUGCCGCUGAUCCACGUGUCAAGAAUGAAUGGUGGUAUCCACUUGCUUCCUCUGUAGCUGCUUCUGAGUUCAGAGGAUAUCAGGACUGGUUCCAAAAGGUUGACAAGGACAAGUCUGGAACACUCGAACUUGAUGAGCUUAAGAAGGCGGUAUGGCCAGGCAAAGUCAAGCUUGAAGAAGACACUUGCAAACACUUAAUGAAAAUAUUUGAUGUCGAUGGAUCGGGAUCUAUUGGAUUCUACGAGUACUUGGCACUCAUGAAGUAUGUCGAACUUGCAACAAACGUCUUCAAACAAUUCGACAAGGAUAAAAGCAACAACCUCGACGAAAAGGAAAUUUUCGCCGCUAUGCCACAACUCGGAUUCGACUUGAACAACAUGUCGUGUAAAAUCCUCAUCAAAACAUGUGGUAAAGGACUCUUAGCUAAGAAAAUCGGCCUUUCACAAUUCAUCGGGUGUGCUGCUUACCUCGGUCAAAUAAGAACUAUUUACCAACACGGUUUUAAACAAGCACAAGGCCCAUUCCAAAGAGCAACUUUCGCCAAAUUCAUGAAUUUGACACUCAUGUUGAUGGACGACGCCUAA